GGUAAUUUAGAACUUUUCUGUUUCGUCAAUCUGGUUGACUGUCCCUUUAAGGGUAAUCUGGGUUUUAAUUAUUGUGUUUAAUUCAAUAUUUUGGUAUUUUGUUCAACAUAUCGUUCGGGCAUUAUACGGUUUAAGGACCAUUGUGACGCGCAAUUAAAGAGUCUUAAGUGGGCCAAUAGACAUCAUGGAACAAAAUGUAUCCACCACGAACGGUCUACCGGUAAUCACAUUCGAUAUGAUGGCAGCAAUGUGUCAUAACAACAGAGGCAUUGGCUACCAGGGUGAUCUGCCAUGGCCAAAAUUGAAGGCCGAUUUUGAGUAUUAUUUAAAGACCACAUCCACACACAAGAAAGACUCCAGUUUGAUGAUUAUACAUGUACAUGGCCGUAAGAGCUGGGCGGGAUGUACGGAGUUACAGGCGAGCUAUGGAGGCGUAUAUCACAUCGUCUGUAGUCAGUCACGUGACCCAAGUAUUAAGACACACCCGAAUCUCCUGACGGUGGCCGGAAGUGUACCCGAGGCGCUGGAGCACAUCGCAGAACUGGACCGGAAGGGGAAGGUGGACAGCGUCUGGAUAAUGGGUGGUGCAGGCAUAUACCAAGAGUGCCUGUCUCACCCGCUUUGUGGACGAGUCUAUCUCACUCACGUGUACAAGGAUUUUCCGUCAGACACAUUUUUCCCACAUUUGGAUGACAACUUCCGAGAAGUAAAAAACGACGUCAUUUCCGAUACCUAUCACGAAGAAAACGGCAUUUCCUUCGAAUUCAAAGUAUACCAGAAUUUAAGGAAAUGCAAGACUUCUAUAUAAUUGAUACAUUGAUGCUCACUUCGUUUAUUGUUAGUGUUAACAAUAUUUUCUUAUUAAUCAAUUCAUUUGUUGAAACUGUAUGUUAUCCUUACUAAGAAGUAGCAAAUAAGCGUAAUUUUAAGGAAUGAAAACACAAGAGCUAUCAUCUGGAAAUACGGGCUUUGCGAAGGCUAAUCAUGGACGACACGGUCCGCUUCGAUGGACCAUUUGUUUUAAAGGAAGUCUCUUUUAAACGAAACCCGUUUUUAUGCGGUAAGAGUCACCCAUGAUUAGUCUGUUCGGACUACGCAGGCUAAGAGUCACUCAUGAUUAGUCUGUACGGACUAUACAGGCUAAGAGUCACCAAUGAUAAGUCUGUACGGACUACACAGGCUAAGAGUCACCCAUGAUAAGUCUGUACGGACUAUACAGGCUAAGAGUCACUCAUGAUUAGUCUGUACGGACUAUACAGGCUAAGAGUCACCCAUGAUUAGUCUGUACGGACUAUACAGGCUAAGAGUCACUCAUGAUUAGUCUGUUCGGACUAUACAGGCUAAGAGUAACCCAUGAUUAGUCUGUACGGACUAUACAGGCUAAGAGUCACCCAUGAUUAGUCUGUACGGACUAUACAGGCUAAGAGUCACCCAUGAUUAGUCUGUACGGACUAUACAGGCUAAGAGUCACCCAUGAUUAGUCUGUACGGACUAUACAGGCUAAGAGUCACCCAUGAUUAGUCUGUUCGGACUAUACAGGCUAAGAGUCACCCAUGAUUAGUCUGUUCGGACUAUACAGGCUAAGAGUCACCCAUGAUUAGUCUGUACGGACUAUACAGGCUAAGAGUCACUCAUGAUUAGUCUGUACGGACUAUACAGGCUAAGAGUCACCCAUGAUUAGUCUGUACGGACUAUACAGGCUAAGAGUCACUCAUGAGUAGUCUGUUCGGACUAUACAGGCUAAGAGUCACCCAUGAUUAGUCUGUACGGACUAUACAGGCUAAGAGUCACCCAUGAUUAGUCUGUACGGACUAUACAGGCUAAGAGUCACCCAUGAUUAGUCUGUACGGACUAUACAGGCUAAGAGUCACCCAUGAUUAGUCUGUACGGACUAUACAGGCUAAGAGUCACCCAUGAUUAGUCUGUACGGACUAUACAGGCUAAGAGUCACCCAUGAUUAGUCUGUACGGACUAUACAGGCUAAGAGUCACUCAUGAUUAGUCUGUACGGACUAUACAGGCUAAGAGUCAUCCAUGAUUAGUCUGUACGGACUAUACAGGCUAAGAGUAACUCAUGAUUAGUCUGUACGGACUAUACAGGCUAAGAGUCACCCAUGAUUAGUCUGUACGGACUAUACAGGCUAAGAGUCACUCAUGAUUAGUCUGUACGGACUAUACAGGCUUAGAGUCACCCAUGAUUAGUCUGUACGGACUAUACAGGCUAAGAGUCACCCAUGAUUAGUCUGUACGGACUAUACAGGCUUAGAGUCACCCAUGAUUAGUCUGUACGGACUAUACAGGCUAAGAGUCACCCAUGAUUAGUCUGUACGGACUAUACAGGCUAAGAGUCACCCAUGAUUAGUCUGUACGGACUAUACAGGCUAAGAGUCACCCAUGAUUAGUCUGUACGGACUAUACAGGCUAAGAGUCACCCAUGAUUAGUCUGUACGGACUAUACAGGCUAAGAGUCACCCAUGAUUAGUCUGUACGGACUAUACAGGCUAAGAGUCACUCAUGAUUAGUCUGUUCGGACUAUACAGGCUAAGAGUCACUCAUGAUUAGUCUGUUCGGACUAUACAGGCUAAGAGUCACUCAUGAUUAGUCUGUUCGGACUAUACAGGCUAAGAGUCACCCAUGAUUAGUCUGUACGGACUAUACAGGCUAAGAGUCACCCAUGAUUAGUCUGUACGGACUUUACAGGCUAAGAGUCACCCAUGAUUAGUCUGUACGGACUAUACAGGCUAAGAGUCACUCAUGAUUAGUCUGUUCGGACUAUACAGGCUAAGAGUCACUCAUGAUUAGUCUGUACGGACUAUACAGGCUAAGAGUCACCCAUGAUUAGUCUGUACGGACUAUACAGGCUAAGAGUCACCCAUGAUUAGUCUGUACGGACUAUACAGGCUAAGAGUCACCCAUGAUUAGUCUGUUCGGACUAUACAGAGUCACCCAUGAUUAGUCUGUACGGACUAUACAGGCUAAGAGUCACCCAUGAUUAGUCUGUACGGACUAUACAGGCUAAGAGUCACCCAUGAUUAGUCUGUUCGGACUAUACAGAGUCACUCAUGAUUAGUCUGUACGGACUAUACAGAGUCACUCAUGAUUAGUCUGUUCGGACUAUACAGGCUAAUCUCGGACGACACUUUAUGCACACACAAUGUCUUAUGUAUGAUACAUUCAGUUCAGUUUUAUCACAGGAAGGCUUUGAUUUUAACGCAAAGAAAUAUAAAAUGUCAAUUCUGAAGAUAAACUAUGCUAUCAUUGUUAAGACUGUGUGCUUUGUACGUCAAUAUGUUUGAUAAACCACAUUGAAUGCUGCAUGCUGUGAAGUUGUGUGUUAAAUGAAAAAAAAUGACUACUUGCCUUCAAUAGCGUACCACACGAUUACACAAUGGUUGUUCUUUUAAAAUAAGCAGUAUUAUUAGUUGUGUUUGUGUUAGCAACUGUAUAUUUAUUUUAUUAUUUCCAUGUUUGGACUGGUAUAAGUAUAAGUUUGAUGAUUAUUGCAUUGUAGAUUGUUGUGGUUGUGUUUGUAAUGAUGAUGAUGAUUGAUGUUUGUUGAUUCAACUGACGAGUGAUGGUAUAUACACCAUGUACAUUGACCGUGUACCACAAAGCAAAACAUCAUCAUCAUCAAAUUUUGCUUAAUGACAUUUCAUAAGAAAAACUAGUUCAUAUUGUUUAAAAAGACAACCAAAACAAAUUCCCUUAUAACGUACAUAGUUAAUAAUUUUCCCAGUGUAAAAGUCGUGUUGUUGUUGUUGUUGUUUUUGGGGGGACUUGUCUGAAAAUGUUUUCCUGGAGAGAUAUUCGAACAUGAAAUCGAAUGCGUUGGAACAGGAUGAGCAAUUUGGAUCAAAACAUACAAAACAGCCGUACAUCAUGGGCUAAAUACAAUUAUAAUUCGACAGAUUAAGUUGGUUACAUAUACAUUUUCAACAUAUUUCGCAUAAGUUUAGAAAUCGGACAAUGAAGUACGAUUCAGUGAAGAUUUGUUUUAACUUUAAUGUACAGGAACAAACCUUGCAACCAAAGUUAAAAUGUGAGGCCCUUUAAAAGUUGCAGCAUGGUUGGGUGCAUAGAUGUGUUUUGACUGUGCGACUAGCAAAUUGCCGCACGUAGCCCGACGGACGCCAUACGAUGCUCGUUAUGAUACACGAGCAAUGCAUCCGAUGUCGGGCGCACGCCGAGCGAUAACCGUUCGUUGAUCGCCCGAUCUUGUUUCGAUCUCAACUCGAUUCCUUCCCGGACUCGAUGUCGGGUAAUACAAACUGUGAAACAAACGGCUUCGACGUGUUCAGUCUUCCCGAUGCCUGGUGAUCGGACACAUCGGCCGGCGACUAUCUCUGACUGAGGCUUAAACCGCUGCAUUCUCAACAACGAUGACUUCUUGACGAUGUUAUAGAUACUUUUGAAUUAUUGCAAACGAAAUGGAGUAAAUGUCAAGACGGUGGCGCUAAGAAAAGGAUGUGACUUAAAUACUCCUUUGUAGCGAAUAUAAAGUGGCUUGUUUUAUGAAACGUAUUCUUAAUUGUUGUAUUGUUAUUUACAGGACAUAUAUUAGGACAUAUAUUUGGACAUAUAUUUGUAAGUUAAAUAACUACUUCCGUUCGUUUGUCAACUUUAUAAUUAUUAGUCAUGGUUUUGAGAAUCCCCAAGUGUGUUAUUUUCCAAAUUAUAGGGCCUCGAUAACCGAAUGAUUAAAUGUAAAAUCAAUGAGGGCAACGUUUGCAAUGUAUAACCACGUGCUGACCCUUACUCAAACAUGUUGUUAUUGCAUACUUUUGAAUAACAUUCAUACAACGAAAAUACUUUAAAUUUUAUAAGAAGUAGAACAAGUCGUAUACAUUUUCUAAUGUCCUUCAAUCGGAACUAACGUCACAUAACAAGUCUUUCAGAAACUAGAAAAGUGGCAAGGAAUGUAGUGAUCGCUAACAAAGGUGCGUUUGAUGUAUGUUAACCUGUUGGGCCUUGAGUUCCUUGCCAUACCAAUAGUACACAUAUGUUGAUACUAAAGCUGCAGUUUCACGUUGUUUAAGUCCGUUUACCCGGCGAGUUUAUUCUUCUUUAUCGUAGUAAAAUCAAUUAACACGACCACGUUUUUAUUUGUACUGUUUGUUAUGUUUAAUUGUACCUUAAUUUAAAUAACAUCAACUCGAAAUGUCACACUGGCACACGUCACAUCCGGUUUCGUCCUUCUUGUACGUCAGAGGAUUCCCGCAGUCCAACAGACACUCUAGUGGCCUGCAGCCGGGGGAUAGAGUUGUCAUGUUGCCACCUAGAGUCAUGGCAUAAUUCGUAGAGAUAGAUAUGAUUUAAGUUUAUGUUUACAAUCUUGAUGUUGUUCACUUAACUUGAACGCAUGUUGGUUUGUUUGUUCGUUUCGGAUCACAUUUUGAACAUUUUUCUCAAGCAAUGAAUAUAAUUUUUAUAUAAGCAAACGCUUGCAAUACCAAAAUACAUAGAUAAUAUUUAAUUGCCUUUUGUAUUUACGUAUAACAUGUCAUGACAGCAUACUCUGCCUAAAAUCAUAUGUUGUAUUUUUGUUAGGCAUUUAUAAUCGCUAUUUGGGUACAGU